ACACAAAGCAGUAUUAGGAUUCUACUUAGGUUUUCGAUCCUCUAUCAGAGAAGGUUAUACGUUACUCACAAAUCUGUACACAACCCCUGGACGACCUUUCCAACCAAGAUAUAAAAGCAGGACAAUCCCCCGCCAUUCUCAGUCUUUUCAUUGCAUAACCAGCCAACGUAUUAGCAUACAUUCAUAAGUUUUCACAUAUCCUCCGAAUAAUCAUCACCACUCUUAUCAUCGAUUAGAUGUAUCGCUUUCCGAGACGUGAGACUGGGUGUACUAUUAAGCCAACCACCGGGUGCACUGCCGAACAAUCUACCAGCACGAUGACGCAGGCCUACAGUCGUCGUAGGGGUAGCGAGCCCAGAAAUAGACGUCGAAGGUCGAGAUCAACACAGACCACAAAUUGGCCACAGCAACAUGCCAAGUCCACCCGAGUGCCAGAAAUACUGAAUGCCAUGAGAGAAGGCCCCGAAGCACUGUGUCAACCGGAACUCAACAAAGUACUCGAACAGGCCCUGCGCGACGUCUGGAACAAGAUACUAGACAACCCGCAGACCUACAUUAUGACGAGGGAUGAGUUCGCUCUUUUCAACUUCUUUCAGCACCUGGAACUCAAUGAAGAAGUGAAGUUGAUAGCCCAAGGAGCAAGAUAUAACUAUUGGAAGAACUUAUGGGGGCCGCUAAAAAGCAAUGUUAUAUCCUGAUACCCUCUUCGUCAUCCACGAGUAUUGGAUUUUGGCAGAGAAGUGUGCUUAAAGAAUGCUGGAAACAGGACAAUUCCAGAGACUGCGCAGAGAACAUAGACAACGGCUAGCGAUACCCCAACUUGCGUUAAUGAGCUUCAACAGCGGAGGAAAGGAGAACGGGGCGUAAAUGGGGCAUGCUCAAUGAAUCUUGUUACGAUAAAUCAAUUAAUAGAGGAAGCGACGUUCAAUCAAUGAUACGAUGGAUUCUAACAACUACGUUG